AUGAUCGAUCCCUCCUAUGAACUCGACCGUCUAACAUAUGAACCUUCUCAUCACUCUCAAGAUUCGUGUACUACUGUAUCAUCCUCUGAACCACAAAAUCCUUAUCUUACUUCAUCCUCUCCGGAACCUCAUAUACCUAUAAUAACUCGAACCACCCGUACUCGCAAAACCCGUUUCGUUUGUGUUUCCGAUACUCAUAAUGGUGUUGCAAAUGGAUCAUUCAAACUACCACCUGGUGAUGUUCUCAUUCAUGCAGGCGAUUUAACAAAUCAAGGAAAUCAUGCAGAGUUGGAAAAAUCAAUCAAAUGGAUUGAAGAUGCUGAUUUUGAAGCCAAAAUUAUCAUUGCUGGUAACCAUGAUAUAACACUCGAUCCAUCAUUUUACUUCCAGUAUGGUCUUUAUUUCCAUAAACAAAGCCCGCAAGAUGUCAAUAAGUGUCAAGAAUUGUUAGAUCGUUCCCCCUCAAUUCUAUAUCUUAAUCAUGAAGCGGCAGAAGUUUCUUUAGCAUCACCCACAGGUCCACACACUACGUUUCGUAUUUUCGGUUCUCCUUUUUCCCCGGCAAAAGGAAUGUGGGCUUUCGGUUAUCCACAAUCUGAUGCUUCCAAAAGAUGGGAUGAUAUUCCUUUAGAUGUGGAUAUUGUACUUACUCACACACCGCCAAAAUAUCAUUGCGAUGAAAGGAAUGAUCGUGUGGCUGCUGGAUGUGAAUAUUUACGUCAAGCUUUAUGGAGAAUUCGUCCACGAUUGGCAAUAUGUGGACAUGUUCAUGAAGGAAGAGGUGCAGAAAUAAUCCAAUGGGAUCUUGGGUCUUCGAAUAUUAAAUUCAAAGAGAAUGGUGUAAUUCGUUGGGAAGAUCCGGGUAAAGAUAAUAAUAAAAUGUCUCAUAUCGAUUUGACUUCAAAAGGAAGAAUGGGAGGAAAUGUUUUCAAGAACGAUGGGGCCUUUGGAGAUUGGGAGAAUCAACCACUUGGAUCUACUGCUAGUACCAGUAACCUAACAACAUCAAUUGGAAGUGGCCUCCCACUUUUACCGGAAGAAAGUACAAAAGGUCAAAAGAAAUGGCAUCGAAACAAUUCCAUGGCUAAGAUGGCAAUCUCAAAUGUAGCGAAAACUUUACUCGCGAUACCAGAGGUGAUACUUUCACCGGCUCGAGGACAAGGUGGAGUACCACCAUCUUUACGUUGUGAUGUAGAAGCUCUAUGUGGACGAAUGGGACGACAGGAGACAUGUGUGAUUAAUGCGGCGUUGAUGGCUUCUAGUUGGCCUCAUGGAAAAGGAACGGGAGGGAAGAGGUUCAAUAAACCUAUUGUUGUGGAUAUCGAUUUGCCUGUUUGGGAAGAGGUGGAAUUUUGA